CCACCAUCGACAAAAAUGUCAAAGGGCUAACUUUUUGGAAUCCGGCCUAACGGGUCUCUUUGGCUUCGUACUUGCACAGAGUUAGCAGCACUCUUGUCAGUCUCUGGAGACAACAAUUCCACUCAGUAUCACAGGUCUUGUUUUCAGAUUUCCCCUCUCUCUGGUGCCCUGUGCCCUGCUGGUUCAACCCUGAAGAUGUACAGUUUCAUGGGAGGAGGGCUCUUCUGCGCCAUUGUCGCUAAUAUUCUCCUGGUGGUCUCCACGGCAACAGACUACUGGAUGCAGUACCGCCUAUCAGGGGCGUUUGCACACCAGGGUCUUUGGAGGUACUGCAUGUCCGGGAAGUGCUACAUGCAAACCGAUAGCAUUGCGUACUGGAAUGCAACCAGAGCUUUUAUGAUCCUGUCGGCAAUGUCGUGCUUUGCCGGGAUAAUCGCUGGAAUCCUGUCCUUCGCUCACUUCUCCGCCUUCGAGAGAUUUAACCGUUCCUUCGCUGCUGGGAUCAUGUUCUUCGUCUCCACUCUGUUCGUACUCCUUGCCAUGGCAAUUUACACGGGUGUCACUGUAAAUUUCCUGGGGAAGCGGUUUGGAGAUUGGCGAUUCUCCUGGUCUUACAUCUUAGGAUGGGUUGCUCUGCUAAUGUCGUUCUUUGCAGGUAUAUUUUAUAUGUGUGCCUACAGAAUGCACGAAUGCAGAAGGGUGCCUGGGCCUCGCUGAAAACUGGACACUUCGACCCCACACACCCUCCCCAAACUAAGACUACAUCACGGGGUCUCCAUUCUACACACAAUAUGAAAGAGGAAAGUGCUGUACAAACUCUUCAAGCUGCUUCACAAACUGACCCCGAUGCUGUUCUGACCACAUUAACCCUAGAUUUCUUAAAGAUAUGAAUAUAAAGUAGGAAUUCACAUGUUAGAAUGCAGUUCUGAUUUUUUUUUUUUUUUAAUAAAACAAAGUAAAAACGACACAAGUGUGCUGUUAUUUACAUCGAGCAGAAUCUACAAUAAACAUUAUUAUGAACAAAA